AUGCGGGGGGCCUGGCCGCGGCGAUCGGGUCGGCUACCGAAGCGAAGCGGGCCGGCUGCUUCUCUCCGCUUCUCUUCCCGCUCCCUCGCCUCAGGAGACACCGUGGCGCGGACGGAGAACGACACCCGCCGGGGCCGCCCGGAAGCCGAGCGCCUGCCUCUGCUGGCGCCGCCGCCGCUACUCCCUCUCCUGCCGCCGCCGCCGCUGCUCGGCCUACAGGGGCCGCUGCCUGAGGAGCUGCCUGCGCGUGUCCUUCGGUCUGGCAGUCAGUCAGUCAGGCCUCUGCCGCCGUGUCGGGGGAGGUAG